CAGUAUAAUUAUUGAACUGGUAGUACCUUGAUAUUGAAUGUUAAUAUUUAUUACGAUUUCAAAGAUCGAUAUGGUUUUCUUAUCUCGUAUUGAUAAUCAGUCAUUUCUGUGUAUAACAAUUGAAGAAUGUUAGAAUGAAUAAUGUUGAACAGUGUAAUAAAACACAUUUUGCAUUGUUCCCUAUUAUUUAUUGUUAUAAUUGUAUUUGAGUUAAUCACUGGAGGACUUAGAUGGAAUAAUAAUAAGAAAGAAAUAUUUGAUCCAUGGAUUCAAUAUGGAUUUUUUGGUGCACUUAUAUUAUAUUUGUUACGGAUUCUUACAUUUCUUUCUUUUCCACAAGCCUUAUUUAAUUUUGUUGGAUUAAUAAUAUACAAUGCAUUCCCAGAUAAAAUUGUUUUAAAAGGUUCACCAUUACUUGCACCAUUUGUUUGUAUUAGAAUAGUAACACGUGGAGAUUAUCCACAAUUAGUAAAAGCAAAUGUGAAAAGAAAUUUAGAUAAAUGUAUAGAAAUUGGUUUGGAAAAUUUUCAAAUUGAAGUAGUUAGUGAUAAGCCAAUUGGAUUAACUGCUCAUAGAAGAAUUAGAGAAGUUAUAGUACCACCGAAUUACCGUACAAGUAGUGGUGCUUUAUUUAAAGCUCGUGCUUUACAAUAUUGUUUAGAACAUUCAGUAAAUGAAUUAGCAGAUAAUGAUUGGAUUGUACAUCUUGAUGAAGAAACUUUACUUACUGAAAAUUCCAUUCGUGGAAUAUUAAAUUUUGUAUUGGAUGGAAAGCAUCAAUUUGGACAAGGAUUAAUAACAUAUGCAAAUGAAGAUGUUGUUAAUUGGAUUACUACUUUAGCAGAUAGUUUUAGAGUAGCAGAUGAUAUGGGAAAACUACGAUUACAAUUUACAAUGUUUCAUAAACCUUUCUUUAGUAUGAAAGGUUCUUAUGUUGUCAGUCAAAUGGGUGCAGAAAAACAAGUUUCUUUUAACAAUGGAUUAGAUGGAUCCAUUGCAGAAGAUUGUUUUUUUGCAAUGAAAGCAUUUACCCAAGGGUAUUCAUUUAAUUUUAUAGAUGGUGAAAUGUGGGAAAAAUCACCAUUUACAUUAUGGGACUUCAUACAACAAAGAAAAAGAUGGAUACAAGACAAAAUGGCAAAAUCUCACGUAACAAAUAAAGCUCCUAGAAAGGAGGGAUUUAAGCGUUCUGGACACAGUAUGAAUCCUGAACGAUCUAUAGAAGGAUUAAAGGGUGUAGCAAAAGUACGAACAAAAGCAACAAUUAAAAGAUUGCAAAUGUAUCGUAAUCAAAAACCAAAGCGUGAUCGUAAAGGACAUAUUAUUAGUCCAGCACCAUUUCAAGGUUGGCAACCAUCUGGUACUAUGUCUCGUGUAGAACCUUCACAAAAAUGGUUUGGUAAUUCAAGAGUUAUUUCUCAAAGUGCUUUACAAAAGUUUCAAAAUGAAUUAGGAAAAGCAAUGAAAGAUCCUUAUAAUAUUAUUAUGAAAUCUACACAAUUACCAAUAACAUUACUUCAACAAAAAGCUAUAAAUGCAAGAGUACAUUUAUUAGAUACAGAAAGUUUUGAAAGUGUUUUUGGCCCAAAAAAAAUACGAAAAAAACCAAAUUUGAUAAUAUCAUCAUAUGAUGAAUUACAAAAAUUAGCAAAAGAAAAGGAAGAAACAUAUAACAUGGAAAAAGACUCUAAAGAUAUUGAUCUUAUACGUCCAGAUGAUGGUAUUAGAGAAACUCAAAGAGAUUGGAUUAUGUCUGCAGGACAAAGUAAAAGAAUUUGGAAUGAAUUAUAUAAAGUUAUAGAUUCCUCUGAUGUUAUUUUACAAGUAUUAGAUGCCAGAGAUCCUUUAGGAACUAGAUCACCUCAAAUAGAAAAAUAUCUCAAAACAGAAAAGCCUCAUAAACAUUUAAUGUUUAUUUUAAAUAAAGUAGAUCUUGUUCCAACAUGGGUAACACAAAGAUGGGUUACAAUUUUAAGUACAGAAUAUCCAACAAUUGCAUUUCAUGCUUCUAUGACACAUCCAUUUGGUAAAGGUUCUUUGAUAAAUUUGCUGCGUCAAUUUGCAAAACUUCAUAUUGAUAAGAAACAAAUCAGUGUAGGUUUUAUAGGAUAUCCUAAUACAGGCAAAAGUUCAAUUAUAAAUACAUUAAGAUCAAAAAAAGUAUGUAAGGUUGCACCAAUAGCAGGAGAAACAAAGGUAUGGCAAUAUAUUACUUUGAUGCGACGUAUUUACUUAAUAGAUUGUCCAGGUGUAGUUUAUCCAUCAGCAGAAACAGACACAGAAAAAGUUUUGAAAGGUGUAGUAAGAGUAGAACUUGUUCAAAAUCCUGAAGAUUAUGUUUCAGAAGUAUUAUCACGAGUAAAAGAAGAUUAUAUUCGUAAGACUUAUAAAAUUAUGGAAUGGGAUAAUCAUAUUGAUUUUUUAGAAAAAUUGGCACGUAAAAGUGGAAAAUUAUUAAAAAAAGGAGAACCUGAUAUCACUAUUAUUUCACGAAUGAUUUUAAAUGAUUGGCAACGUGGUAAAUUGCCAUUUUAUGUUCCACCUCCUGGUUUUGAAGAGCCAUUGAUAAACAUAAUGACUGACGAGCUUGCAAUUGAAAAUAAUAUUAAAAAAGAUAACGAUAUUAAUAUAGAUAAAAUUGGGAAUACAUCAAUUCAGGAUAAAAAUCCAUCAAAAGAAAUAAUUCUUCAAUUAUCUGUAGUACAAGAUUUUCGAAAAAUUAAAGUUGGUUUACCAUAUUCGGGUGAUGAUAUAAAAAAUAAUUUAUAUCUUGAAUCUAAUUUUUCUGAUAAAAAAAAUAAUGAUAUGGAAGAAAUUGGAUCAGUUUUAUCAGAUUUAGAUAAUAAGAAUGAAGAAACCACACAAUUUGAAGAAAUAAUAGAAGAGAAAGAAAUUGCUCAAAAUCUAGAAAAUAAAAAUAAAAUAAAUAAAGAAUAUUCUGAUGAUGAUAUUCAUUUGCUAUUAGAAAAAGAUACUUUAUUACAAAGUAUAUAUGAUGAAGUGGAAAAAGAAUAUGAUUCUAGUGAUAGUGAAAUUUUGAACACAAAUACUACAUCAAGUAGUGGUAUAUUUAAAAUUUCUUCCAUAUCUUCUAAAAUGGAAUCAUUAAUGGAAAAAGGAAAAAAAUUAACAAGUAAACAAAGACGAGCCAUAGAAAGAGCCAAUAAGAGAAAAAAAAUUGGAAGUAAUUUUUAUGAAAUUACUAAUGUAAAAAAUAGAAAUAGAAAUAGAAAAAUUCCUAAAAUUAAAAGAAAAUAAUUUGCAAGGAAAAGAUCAAAACAACCAUAUAUUAAGUUAUUGAGUUAUUUGAAGUUAUUGAUAUCAUAUAAAUUACAAUAUCUAAAUUUUUUUCUUAUUUAUAUUAUAUUUUUUAAAAAUAUAUUAAAUAAAUUGAUUUAUAAAUAGCAAAAUGAAGAAUAUGAAGAUACUG